AAAUGGAGAAAAAAACAGACAAGGAAGAGAAGAGAGUGUACGAGGAGGAGGGCGGCGGCGAAAACAGGCUGAGCCACCCUACUAUUUCAACUAUGGAGCCUCUCACCCACGAAGCUUACGGCGGUGGAAUGUAUGGGAAAGACGACCGUCAGCCACCACCCAGGAAUCCAAGGGAACCACCGGCUAGUGAAACACAAAGUGCUGAUGGACCGUCUGAAACGGCACCGGUGGAACUUAAGCAUAAACCACCACCAUCUUCCGGCGAUCGAGAUAUUGAUAUCACCGGCCAAUCUUACAUCCAGUAGCCUUACCUUAGCUAUGAUCAACAAACAUAUAUAUAUAUAUAUA